GCAAACACACACACACACACACACACACACACACACACAUAUAUAUAUAUAUAUAUAUAACACCCAACAGGGUGAUAGGGAAAUGUUUCGGUUGUGGCACAGCUCUCAAACUCAGGUGAGGCUGUUGGUUUCAUCCGGUAGGAACAUGUCGACUCGGUCCGGGGUUGAAAACGCCGACAACAGGUCGAUUCACUCGGGCAGCGUCGGGGAGGUACACCACGUACCGAUGGACGUCAUCAUCAGACCGAUUCCUCCGGUUCUGGAUGAGCUGAAAGUUCAGAGUCUGAUGGACACGAUAAUGAAGGAGACAGCCGACGUGAGUGUUGUUCCUCCCAUUGAUGUGCUCUGGAUCAAAGGCAGAGAGGGGGGUGAUUACUACUACUCUUUUGGAGGCUGUCACAGGUUUGCGGCGUAUCAGAGGUUGAACAUGCCGACCAUCCCAGCCAAGCUCAUCAAGUCGAACACAUCACACCUGAGCACUUACUUGGGGGCUUCGACGCCGGAUCUGUUGUGACUCUAGAGCAGCUUGGAGUGGUUUUUUUUGAGAGACUUGGCUCAGGUGACUCACACACAUAGAGUUUUGACUCUUCUGUUGCAGCUUGUAACUGCAGAGCAAAGGAUUUACCAGCAGGGGGAAAUGUAACUCUUUAGUUAAAUACAUGAUAUUUUCCAUUUAAAAAUCACUUAAAUAUCA